GAAAAUUAAAUAGAAAAAAUAGAAAUAAGAAAAAACUGAAGGUAAUUCUAUUUUAUUUUACUGUGUGAAAUUUAAAAAAUUGAAAUUAUUGGCUAUUUUUUUAAAAUGUGGAUUCUUUUCAUCAGGUUCGCCAGUUAGCGGCAGCAGCAGCAGCUUGUGUGGGAAUAAAUAAUUGGCACCAUUUAAUAUGUACGUUGAAUGGAUAAAUACAGUUGAACCCUAUAAGUAACGAUCAGGGAGUACUUUCGCCAAGGUAUAAAAGUGGGAGGUGAGACUUGAACUCUGAGAUUCAUGGCCCAUAUAUAUUUACUCUACCGGCACAUGUACCUCUCUUACUUACUCGUGACGCUGAGCGUGAAAUACAGAAAGGAUCAGAAAGGAUAAUUGUCAUAAACACAAGAUGCGGUGGAUGCUGGGAUUAUUUCUCCUCGUUCUGGUGACAGCAGUUCCAGGUCUAAGAAAAUUGCCAAAAGUCUACAAUGCUCUAAUAACAACCGAUCAAAAUCUCCUGCCAUCGCGAGCAUUUCCAGUUCUUCAGCCAGUGAUUCACAAAACUCAAGUGGGCUACGUUCCACCUUAUUAUUAUUCACAAUUUGCACCGCAAUUCACACCGGAAUAUGUACAAAUUUCCCAAGGAGUUGUACCGGAAAAUUCCCCCCAGGAGACAAUGAAGAAACCAACAAACGAAAAUGAAAACAACAACAACAAUAAUAAUAAAAAGGAAAGCGAUCAAAUUCCAUUGCGAUUCUAUCCAAAUUAUCAUUCGUUCUACUACGAUCCAUAUUUUUACACCUACAAUGGUUUCGAUUCACAUUUAGCACCAACGGCUUAUCAAGAUAAUGGCUCAGUGGAACCAUUACCGCCACAAAAUUUACAAAAUUUACAAAAUUUCCCCCAACAAUUAUUGCCGAGUCAUUAUGAUGAGAAACGAAUGAAGAAUGUUUAUCAUGAGAAGAAGAAAGAUAUUCCUGAUGUUCCACCACCUCCGGUACCGACGAAAAUUACAAAAAGUUCAUAGGUUUUGUAUAUAAUGAUAAUUUUGUAGGUAAAAACUUUUUUUUUCUUUUUUUUUAACAAAUUGUAUAAAUUUUAAUUUAAAGAAAAAUCUUAUGAGCUUGUUUUUAACGUAGAGACUAAUUUUAUUUUUAUUGAGAAAGGUAAAAUUAAUUUUU